AUGGCUGCAGAAACCCCACAGAGAAAUUUUGAUUCAGCGUCCAGUUCAGCUACAUCUAAUACAACUGCUAAAACAGCAGCGCCAUCAACACGUAGUCAGAUGGCCCAAAACUAUCUGUUAGUUUGGGCCGAUGCAAACAUCGAUGAAUCCAACAAGGAUUGCCAAAAUACGUUGGCACAACUCCGGGCUGUAGUCAACGACGUCUUCAUGUUCACUCAAUCAAACGCGUGUAUUCAAUUUCUCGACAAACUUAAAGAUGAAAAAGCUUUCGUUAUUACGUCAGGAUCUUUGGGUCCAUAUUUUUUAGUUCCUGCAAUCCACCACAUGCCAAAAUUAGAUGCCAUUUACAUACUUUAUGGCGACAUAUCUUAUCAUCAAGAAUGGAUCAAGGAUUGGAACAAAAUUAAGGGUGUUCAUAAUAAUAUCAAGGAUAUCUGUGACGCCUUAAAAGGCGGUGUCAAACAAGUCAAUCAGGAUUCAAUUCCUAUUAGCUUUCUCGCAGAAAAUGAAACGGUGUCCGAUGAAAACCUGAACCAACUGGAACCAAAUUACAUGUAUACACAAAUAUUCAAGGAUAUUCUCCUUGAAAUGGAUCAUGAUCAAGAACAAGCCAUCAAGAUCUUAACGGUGUAUUGUCGUAGAUUUUAUUGUUACAAUAUUGAUGAAUUGAAUAUUAUUGAUGAAUUUAAACGUGAUUAUCGUCCAGAAGAAGCAAUUUGGUGGUAUACACGUGAGUGUUUUAUCUAUCAAAUGCUCAAUCGAGCACUUCGAACGUUGGAUGCGGACACGAUCAUAAAUAUGGGAUUUUUUAUUCGUGAUCUUCACCAACAGUUGAAUCAAAUACAUCAACAACAACUUUCGAGUUAUCAUGGUGAGCCUUUUUUAGUCUAUCGAGGACAAGGUUUGCUAAAAACUGAUUUCGAAAAACUGCAAAAAACAAAACGUGGUCUCAUAUCGUUUAAUAACUUUUUAUCAACCAGUACGAAAAAAGAUGUUUCUCUCCGGUUCGCCAAGGGUGCCUUAGGAAAUACCGAUGUGGUGGGAAUACUUUUCAUAAUGACUAUUGAUCCUCGUGUUUCAUCAACACCAUUUGCCUCUAUUAACGAAGUUAGUUAUUACAAGACAGAAGAAGAAAUUCUGUUCUCCAUGCAUACCGUGUUCCGAAUAGGUGCAAUUAAACAAAUGAACAAUAAUGAUAAACUUCAUCAAGUGGAGCUUCAACUAACUGCUGACGAUGAUGAACAACUUCAACGACUUACUGAAUGCAUAAGCAAAGAGAUUGAAGGUGGCACAGGAUGGGAACAAUUGGGUAGCUUAUUAGUCAAAACAGGUCAUUUUGGUAAGGCGGAAGAACUAUAUCAAGCACUACUUGAACAAUCACCGAGUGAGAGUGACAAUGCACUUUACUAUAACAAUAUUGCAUAUGUCAAAGAUAAUCAAGGUGAUUAUGAACAAGCCAUUGAGUAUUACAGAAAAGCAUUUGGAAUUUGGGAAAAAACUCUUCCUGCAAAUCAUCCUAACAUAGCUACUUCCUACAAUAACAUUGGUAGUGUAUAUAACAACAUGGGAGAGUACUCCAAAGCACUUUCAUUUUACGAAAAAGCGCUUGAAAUUGAAGAGAAAGCUCUUCCUGCAAAUCAUCCUAACUUGGCUACUUCCUACAACAACAUCGGUGGUGUGUAUGACAAGAUGGGAGAGUACCCGAAAGCACUUUCAUUUUACGAAAGAGCCCUUGGAAUCUUUGAAAAAACUCUUCCUGCAAAUCAUCCUAACUUGGCUACUUCCUACAACAACAUCGGUGGUGUAUAUGAUAGCAUAGGAGAGUACUCGAAAGCACUUUCAUUUCACGAAAAAUCCCUUGGAAUCGUUGAAAAAACGCUUCCUGCAAAUCAUCCUAGCUUGGCCGCUUCCUACAACAAUAUUGGUGAGACGUACAUACAAAUGGGAAAGUACUCGAAAGCAUUUUCAUUUUUCGAAAAAGCCCUUGGAAUCUUUGAAAAAACGCUUCCUGUAAAUCAUCCUAACUUGGCCGCUUCCUACAACAACAUCGGUAAUGUAUUUAACAGCAUGAGAGAGUACUCCACAGCACUUUCAUUUUACGAAAAAGCACUUGGAAUCGACGAAAAAACUUUUCCUGCAAAUCACCCUGGUUUAGCUACUUCAUACAAUAACAUUGGUAGCGUGUAUGAUAGCAUGGGAGAGUACUCAAAAGCACUUUCAUUUUACGAAAAAGUACUUGGAAUCCAAGAAAACACUCUUCCUGCAAAUCAUUCUCAGCUAGGUGCUUCCUACAACAAUCUCGGUUUUCUAUAUACGAACAUGAAAGAAUAUUCUAAAGCUCUCUCAUAUUUUGAACGUGCUUUGAGCAUUCGCAAAGUUUCAUUACCACCAAAUCAUCCUGAUCUUGAAGAUAUGAAACAGUCGAUUGAAAUUGUAAAAAAGAAAUUAUAA